CCGGGGGCGGGGGAUGGCGCGCGGCGCUGCGCGGGGCGGCUGGCACAGGCGGCGGCGCCGGGGCCGGAGGAAAAACCCCGCCCCUGUCGGUCAUCUCCUCGGCCCCCUGCUGCCUCACCAAGGCCCAAGGACAACGGUGGAUCAUGUCCCAGGUUCCUGGGCUAUGAGAAGAGCUGCCUGCCCAGUCCCAUUCAGUUCUGUGCCAGGCUCUGCCACUGUUAUCCCCAGCUGCAGUGAGAGGAGGAGGAGGCUGGCACCAUGGGCCCGGGCAGUGUCCUCCGUGCCUGGGGGGUGAAAACGCUGCCAUGGACAGCCCAUGCCAACCCGACCUCUUGAGCAGGAGCCUCCCUCAGCUGCCCACUGUGGACACCCCUGGGCACAGCCUUGCCAGGAUGGGCUUGGAGAGUUAUGUGUCCUGUCCUCCGCAGCCCUCCUUUCACCUCUCUGGUCCUUGUGAGGCUUCGGCCGGCCCCAGCAGCAGUGGGGGUGGCCCUCUGCCCCCCAGAGCUGGCAUCCCCUCAGCCGCAGCCAGCCCCAUGCCCGAGGGGCGCAGCGGGCAGGGGGCAGGGGAGCUGCGGCCCCUGCAGAGCGAGGGGGCCGCCGUGCUGAUCACCAAGGAGUGCCCGCUGCUUGCUGCCGGAGGGGCCCAGCCUGAGACCCCCAAGCGGAAGCGGGCUGAAAGCGGAGGUGACGCUCCGGCCACCAAGCGGCGCUGGGCAGAGGAAGGCAGCGAGACGCCGGUGCAGAGGGAGGCCACGGUAUCUGCCGCCGAGCGGCUGGCCGUGGACUACAUUGUGCCCUGCAUGCGGUGCUACGGCAUCUGUGUCAAGGAUGGCUUCCUAGGGGCGGCCUUGGGUGGCCGAGUACUGGCUGAGGUGGAGGCCUUGAACCGAGGCGGGCGUUUUCGGGACGGACAGCUUGUGAGCCAGCGUGCCGUCCCCUCGCGGAGUAUCCGAGGAGACCAGAUCGCCUGGGUGGAGGGCCGGGAGCCAGGCUGUGAGAGCAUCGGGGCUCUGAUGGCCCACGUGGAUGAGGUGAUCCUACACUGUGCCGGCCGCCUGGGCAGUUACGUCAUCAAUGGCCGGACCAAGCAUCAGGCCAGAAGGGCAUCCAAGUGCCAGUGUCCCAGCCGAGCCAGCCCAUCUAGUGGAGAGCACUUGGAAGCAGCCAGAUGGCCGAUCCGUCGCAGCCGCCCUGGCCGUUUGCUCCGCUGCUGCUUCUGCCUUUGCCUGCCUGCCUUCCCCCCUCCCUGUGGUGUGGGCGGAGGGGUUCCUGCCAGCCCUCACGAGGAGCAGGAGUGAGAGGCAGCACCCCAUGCACGUGGCCCUUGGGCUGAGAGAGGGCGGCCGGUUCCCCUUCCCCCAGCUCCAAAAGGAGUGUGCCUCCCACGGACUUGCCCCACUGUGGGCCUCGCCCUGGCACUGCCCCCUCUAACCAGGAUACAAGAUUGGAAUUGUUGGGGGUGGGGAGGGUCAUGGCCUCUCGCUGGCAAGGGGGGAUAGGGGGGAUUCCUGCCCCCCUCCUCCAGCCUGGAAUGUGAAGUGCCCCCCCCCACCUUGGCCCUGGCCUCCCCUGGACUGAGCCCCCUGUGGGGGUAAGGGUGCUCAGCGGAGCCUCGGCCACAGACUUGCCGCCCGCCCCCAAAUAAAGUUUAC